GGAGAGGAGCGAUAGCGAAGCAGCUGAGUGAGCAAACAGAGCUAGAAACAUUAGGUUAUCUUUUGAGACUUAUCACACAUCGACCUGUCACUUUUUACUGCUUCGUGCACGGUCUACUUGAAGAGGCGGAGAGAAGCAGCAGUAGCAGCCCGGUCCGGUGUGCUCGAGCAGCCGCCUGUGAGAAACUCCCAAACGCAGUCGUCUCAGCUGGCAUGAGCUAACCUACCAGACAGACAUGGAAACCAAACCGUUCCUGUCAUUGGGGUUCCUGAAGCCCCAGUGCUCGUUGGCUCCUCCCAUGCAGCGGGGUCGCUCGGGCGAGGCUUGUUCCUGUUUCAGCGGCAUGUGUCACCUCCAUCAGCGCCGCACAUCCUCAGGUUACCACUCUUCAGGCCAUCUGACCUCGUCGCCCCUGGGCUCCCCCACAUCCCACAGAGGAAUGCACCCGUCUCUAUUAAGCCCGACGUCCAUGGGGCACUCGGGCUCCCUGCACUCUCCCAUCAGCACGCUGAGUUCGCCCAUGAACGGCUUGACAUCACCCUUUUCCGUCAUCAGCUCGCCCAUGGGCCCCCACUCCAUGAACUCGCCUGGUAUGGGAUAUGGCCCCAGCGUUAGCCCCCAGCUAAACUCUCCGAUGAACUCGGUCAGCAGCACGGAGGACAUCAAGCCCCCGCUGGGCCUCAACGGCGUGAUGAAGGUUCCCGCCCAGCCCUCAGGCACGGUCCUCUCGCUCACCAAACACAUCUGCGCCAUCUGCGGGGACCGCUCCUCAGGUAAACAUUACGGCGUGUACAGCUGUGAAGGCUGCAAAGGUUUUUUCAAAAGGACUGUGCGCAAAGACCUUUCGUACACCUGUCGCGACAACAAACACUGUGUCAUUGAUAAGCGCCAGAGGAACCGGUGCCAGUACUGCCGCUACCAGAAGUGUCUAGCCAUGGGCAUGAAGAGAGAAGUUUUGUUACAUGCAGCCGUUCAGGAGGAGCGCCAGCGAGCCAAGGAGAGAAAUGAGAACGAGGUGGAGUCCACCAGCUGCGCCAACGAGGACAUGCCCGUAGAGAAGAUUCUGGAGGCCGAGCAGGCGGUGGAACCUAAAACCGAGACCUACAUCGAGACCAACCUUGGAGUGCCAUCCAACUCGCCCAACGACCCGGUAACAAAUAUCUGUCAGGCGGCAGACAAGCAGCUCUUUACUUUGGUGGAGUGGGCCAAGAGGAUCCCACACUUCUCUGAGCUGCCACUGGACGACCAGGUCAUCCUCCUACGAGCAGGUUGGAAUGAACUCCUCAUUGCGUCAUUCUCGCACCGCUCGAUAACGAUCAAAGACGGGAUCCUGUUGGCGACCGGGCUGCACGUCCACCGCAACAGCGCCCAUAGUGCGGGUGUGGGCGCCAUCUUUGACAGAGUGCUUACAGAACUGGUGUCAAAAAUGAGGGACAUGCAGAUGGAUAAGACAGAACUGGGGUGCCUUCGAGCGAUAGUCCUUUUCAACCCAGACUCUAAAGGCUUGUCCAAUCCCGGUGAGGUAGAAGCUCUGAGAGAGAAGGUGUACGCAUCUUUAGAGGCCUACUGCAAACAGAAGUACCCCGACCAGCCUGGCAGAUUUGCCAAACUGUUGCUGCGGCUACCGGCGCUGCGCUCCAUCGGCCUCAAGUGUCUGGAGCACUUGUUCUUCUUCAAGCUCAUCGGCGACACACCCAUCGACACGUUCCUCAUGGAGAUGCUAGAAGCACCACAUCAAAUGACAUAAUAGCAGAGAGGGUUGAGCCCUACUCACCCCCUCCCCCUCCUCAACCAGCCCUGGAUCAGGGUUCUUUAAAAAAAAAAAACUCUCCAGCAGGGGACAGAUCGAGAAAAUGACUUUGGAUGGAGAAUCUCUUCUCAUCCCUCCCUACCCUUCCCCCUGAAAAACAAUGACUUCAUCACGUCUGUGGGUCGGUUUUAUACCUUGUAAAAAAUAUAUAAAUAAGAAAUAUAUAUAUGAGAAAAAUCACAUGGCAACACAUGGACUUAAAGAGGACAAAAGAAACAUAUUGAGCCAUCGAUUUCAUCCUUGCUUUCUCCUACGCUUUGACGAGAUUAAGCAGAGGUGAUCAGGUUUUUAACUCCCACAGUAACGCUUGCAGGUAUUUCGAAAAAGAAAAAACAGCGAUGUCAUAUUUGGAUUCUCAGCGGGACAAUCGUGGACUUAGAGAGCCUUGGGCUGCUUGUACAUGGACCUGAGCCCUUUCUCUCUUUCAGGACUACAUUUUUAAGGAAGGACUGGGGGGGGGUGGAACUCAAAGGAUCUUUUUCCCGCCUGGCUCCUGAACACGUCAGGUCUUGCACUAGCUGUUUUUUUAAGUUUCCUGGAGUCAAACUCAGACUGCGAGUGCUCAAAACCCUCAGGACUCAAUUCCAACAAAUACAACCAUGUCUUACUGUUGUCAGCACUGUGCAACCCCGGGUGGAGGACGACGAAUGACUUCACUAAUCAGCCCUUCACUUAACGCUGUACAAUCCGUGCUAAGGCACACAGGAAGACGCAGGCUGUUGUAAAUUAGCUUUAAGCUACACGAUGCUCUGACAGGCUACCAGCAGGCUGACAACAUUUAUCAUCCUUAUUACGAAACAAUUUUGGCCCUUUUGUCACCUGUCUCCUGUUUUUCGUCCCUUCUCCGACCUCUCCACGUCUCAUUUCAUGUGAAUUUCUGUUUUUUUUUACCACCUCCACACUCAGAAAUCCCUCCACGCAGCGGGUAUUUCCUCAUAUCUACCUGUACAGAAAGUUACAACCGUACACAGUAUUGACGUUAUUUUCACUUGUGAUUUUAAUGCACAAAUACCUCUGUUUCCGUCCCUCCAACCCUCAGCUCGUUGACGCAUUUGCGGGAGAAAAGCGCUCAGCUGAGCCAUUGUUUGUUUAUUUGUUUGUUACUUGGCACUUAACCUCAUAACAGCGGAGUUCCUAAAUGGAAAGCUGAUGUUGACCGUGAUCCGACUCCUGGGGGUGGAUUUGGCUCGAUUUUAAAUGCACCCAUGAUUGUUUUAUCCUAUUCAGAGGCACACUUUGCUCUCUCUGCACUUCUCUGGACCACCAAGUGUCAUUCAAGUCCAACUGAAAUGUUUGUUAUGUUUUUCUCUACAUUUUCUAAAUGCUGCAGCUGCCGCAAAACUAUGCAUCUAGUGCAUUUCCAAAGAUUGUCCUCAGAGCAGGUGCAUGUGAGUGUGGUUCAACCAGGUGUUUGUGAGGUGGGGGUCCGGUAAUAUCUUAUCAAGGUAAUUUUCCUCUCUAUUCAAACAUCAAUUAGUCAUCCUACAUUAUUGUAUUCAGCUAGGAACACUCAUUCAAAGGUGUUUUAUGAAAAAGCAAAGCAGAGUUUAAGGACACGUUUGAAGAGUGCCGAGAAUAAUACGGAAAAAGGACUAAUAGAGAAUUCUGUACGUUUUUUUUGUUAUCCUAUAUUAUUCACCACUUUUUCAUAAGCACCUUGACACAAUCUGGACCCAAAGAAGGAAGAAAAACCCUGAGCACUGUUUUCAUCAGCCUUACAUAAACUUAGAGGAUUGAAGGUCUUUGGCAUACGGAGUCUGUAGUGUGCCACUAUUUUAAGAACAAUUACAAAAAUCUGAGAUUGUUUUAGUUUCAGUAUUCUUCUCAUUUUGCAAUUAUCCACUAAAAAUCAUAAAUAUUUGCUUCGUCACAGAAUAAUAAUUGGAAUUUCAACCAUAGUCAUACUCCUAGUUUUUGACAAGGCUUUUAUUUAAAAUAUAUUCUUUUAGUAUUUCAUGUGGCGAACAUAUUCUACAUUACAAUGAAUUUGCCUGUUGCAUCAAUACUUACAUUUAUAUUUGAUGGCUUUCAUUUGAAGGGUCGGAUGAAAAAACAUAGCAACAAGAGCUUUUAUUGGCCGGCUGUUUGGCUUCUAAUCGUCCCUCCAAGCUCAUUUUAUUUCAGUUUUCGCUUGUAUUUGUCAACGUAUUAAUUGAUAACGAAGAAGUCUGAAACUAAUCUGGUGGCACCAUCAGGACUCCGUACUCCGUAUUGACUCCGACCAAGGCGAUAAUGAAAUAUUGACCAUUACAUUUUUCAUAAUAAUUGGGGUCCAGUUUCACAGUUAACAUUUACUUUCAGUCAAGCAGCAGCCGGGGGAUGAGGCGACUAUUUAAGAGCUUCAAGAGCCCUGUAGUGGACGAAAGGCAGCACUGCGACGUUACUUGAAUUUUUUUUACAAGUAUUUAAUCUGACAAAAGAAUAGCACUUUCUGACUGCGUUAUUAUCAUCAAGCUCAUUUUAAUCAGAUAAACCUCAGUGUCUCUGCUUGUUAAAAAAAGAAGAAGCAAUAAGUGCAGUAUUGGCUUGUGGUGUUUUAAACCAUUUCUAUUACAAACUAUCCAGGUGACAGUAUUAACUGCCAGUCUGAGCUCAGUUUACAGUAUUUAUAUUCUGGAACAAUUGUUCAUAAAUUAAAGAAUUAACUCUUUUUGUAGGACUGGGUUGGAUUUCCUUUUUUUAGAGGUAACAUUUAAAAUCAUAACAGCAGAUAUUCAGCUUUUUUUUGGACUGGGUGACCUAACUUUAAAUUGAACAUCCUCCCGUUCCCUCAGCCUGAUGUCUCUCCUCUUAGUUUACUGUGAUUGGCAGGUCUCUUACUCAAGCCAUAAAGUUAAUAAUGAGCUCAACCGUGCAGGAAAUGAACAGACAAGGAUCUUCUUGACCGGAAAAAGAAAGGAUCACCCGCAUGAAUGCUUUAUAACAUAAAGCUCUAUUUUGUUAAUAUGUAUAUGUGUAUAUAUUUAUAAAUAUAUAUCGACAGAUCUGUUCCUUGAGUAUUUCCGAACAUUGAAAGAGGGAGUCUUCUCAGACCACGCAACCCAAGACUUUUUAAGAAUAUCAGAGGGGUUUGUUUUUGCUAUUGACUUUCUAAAAUGAAUCCUGAUCAACCAGCAGAUUUGAACAAAAAAUCCGCUUAAAAAAAAACAUGAAACAAAUACAAAAAAGGUUAAGACUUUAAAACCCUCCGAAAUGUAUGUGUUGCUUAGCAAUUGUAUGUUGACAAAGUGUAAUCAGGAAUUCAGCUUGUGACACAAUCACUGCUUUCUUUGUGCAUAGACUGUAAAAAAACGAAAAGAAAAAAAAACACUUGGAAAAAAAGAUCUAUUUUUGUACAAAGGUAAUUUUAUCCCCUUGCUUGUGUACUCUGUUCCCUUCUCCUCCUGCGAGCUGUCGUAUACGUCGUGGAAAGCUUAUUCAACAAGGCAAUUUUCAGAUUGAAAGUUUUAAAAGGUGCGAGGAGUCGUCGGCACCUCCUGUCGCCUUUACUUUGCCAUUUUCAACCUGUCGCUGCAAGAUGGGAAAUGUCUUUUCAUUAUAUUUUUGUCCAUUUUUGGAAAAAAAGGCGAUGGAGUUGUUGGUCAUCUGUUCUUUGUGGGUUGUUCUCUGAUGUUCUAUCUUUCAUGGACAGAAAAAAAGGUUAUUAAAAAAAAAAAACUCAAAGUGAACUCGA